AUAAGUCAGUCCAGCUCCAUCCAUGGUUCCAUCGCCCCGUUUUUAGUAUCUUGUUUGGCUUGUUACAGGUUUAAUUGAUUUUUCUCUCUCUUCUCUUCUCAUCUCUCGUCUUACUCUCUCACUUUCUUCUUGCAAUUCCUCUUCUCUCUCUCUCUCUCUCUCUCGUCUCUCACCCUCUGCCUCUGAAUUGUCAACUCAACUUCCAACUCCUACUUCAUCGCUUCUGACGAUCCGGAUCGCUGAUCAUUCCGUGUCCCCACUCUGUCAUAUCUCUAUCUUCUCUUAUCCUCAUUGAUAGUCAACAAAAGAAGAGAGAAAAUGGCCAUCCGCGAUAAAGAAAAAGAAAACCGCCCUCGCGGCCUCCGCAUGCCCUCCCUCUCCGCCAUCAAAUUCAAAAAGACCAAUCACCAAAGCCCCCCGGACUCUCCGCCCACCGAGCUCCCCCCAGAGAUCUCUCUCUUCCCGGCCUAUCCCGCGCGCACCGACUCCGUGCCCGUUCGUCCUCCCAGACCGCACGAGAAGGAGCUGCCGCCGAAUCCAUUGCCUUUGCUUCCUCCGUUUCCUGCUGCGUCGGCCAGUUCGUCGUCUGGAUAUCGCGAUCAGGGCCCGCCGCUUCCGCCGCUGCCCCCGCAGGAUCGGGAUCUCUCCCCGCGGAAUUUGUCCCCUGCUGCGUCACCGCCGAGUUCUAUGCCGGGGUUUGCGGCGAAUUCGCAUGCCAACUUUUCGCCUACCUCGCCUCCCAAUCACACUGGCUUCUCUCCGUCAAACCGCUUUGACUCCUCCCCCAGCUCGCCCCCCAGUCAUGCCGGCUUCUCCCCCAACUCUCCCCCCAACCGCACCGACUCCGCCCCCGUCAAGCGCGUCCCCAGCAUCCCCCGCGUGCCUGUCCCAAAAUCCGAAAAACCUCCGCUGCCCGUGCAACGACCAACCCCACCCUCCAGCAUAAAUCACGACAUCGACGAGCCACCGCGCAGACAGCCCAGCGCCGCAGAGCAACAACACCAACAUCAACAGCAAGAGGAAGAAGAGGAAGAAGAGGAAGACCCCCUCGAAGACUUCAUCCCAGACCCCGAAGUAGACCGGGUGCACCCCCACCCCGAACACGAGCACGAGAACGAGCCCGACCUCGACGGCCCCGGCAGCGCCAUCGAAGAAGCCUCCAGCGAGGAAAACAACGGCCCCUGGACGCCCCCAGACUUCGAACCCGUCGCGGCUCCCCUAAACAAGCUCCACUAUGUCUGCUACCAGGACCACCGCGCGAUGCCCCCCGCCGCAAACCGCUGGCACGCACUGCCCUGCAUGACCUGUCAGAAGUUCGACCGGGAGGUCCGCCAUCGCUGCGUGUUCUGCUGCUUGCGGAUUUGCGUGGGUUGUUAUCAGACGCUGCAGAAGAGUCCGAAUCGCUCGUUGGAGGUGUUGAUGGAUUCUUUGGGCGAGUCCUGAACCUGAACCAUAGGAUUCUCGCUACUUUUUCCUGGGUUUUAAUUAUUUCUUCGAUUUUGCGUUUUUUUCUUUACCGGCUUGCAUUGCUUGUUUGAUGUGCAAUGGAUAUCCCAUUCUGUAUUAUGCUUAUCUCGGACGGUCACCUUAUGAUUUUAUUUGCUAAUUUUCGUGUUUCAUCAUCAUUUCUCUUCUUUAUCAUUCCGAUUACUCUUCUAUUCUUUACCUUUUAUUGUCUAUUGUUUACCUUCAUGCACAUAUCAAUAAGAGCUGAGAAGAUUCUAUCUGCUAGGAUGGACUAUCUAUCCCACGUUGACCAUGUUUUGUACAUAUUUCCACCCCCUUCUUUUUCAUUCCAUUUCUUUUUUAUUAUUAUCAGUAUUGUCUACAGCAGCCUGUAUGCAGCCCUCCAAACAAAACAAAAUCUCGAUAUGAUCGCAUUCUUGCAACAGCAUUACCCACGUGGUCAAAAAGUCGGUUAGAUUUAGUUGGUUAGACCUGUAGUACCGUGCAGCCUGGAUGGAAAUAAAUAGUAUCUGCCCAUGUGGGACAUGACGCAGCUUGCAUGCAUGCUGGGGU